AUGAAUAAUUUAUCAAGGAUAGUUUUACCUAAUAUUAAAGGUUUAACGAGAAUAAAUAAUAUAAAUAUAAUUAGAAAUUUUUCAACCAGAUUGAUUAAUAAUAGACAAUUAAUUUUAAAAUCAUAUAAACCACAUAUCAGUUCAAAUAGACAUGUUUCAAGUACAAUAAUAAAUAAAUUACAAUCACAAGAACAAACUGCUAAUAAUGAUUUAAAAAAUGUCCUGGCACAAUUUGAAUUUUAUAAAAGUUUAAUGGCAAAUAAUUAUCCACAUUUAAUUGUUCAAAGAUUUGAAACACCAGGUAUUGCUUCAAAUCAAGAUUGUAUUAAAAUAUAUGUUGAAGCAUUGAAAAAAAUAGGCAAACAAGGUAAAGCAGAUCAAGUUACAAAUUCAUUAUUAAAUAACAAUAAUAAUGUGGUUUCAACUUUACCAAGUGGAUUUGGUUCGAGAUAUGAACCAGUUCAUGUUAUUGUAUCAGAAUCUUUAUUAACGAUUAUAUCAAAAUGGCUUAAAUGGUUAAUACCUUUUGCAUUAUUAACAUACGUCGUUACAAACGGUUUAAAUUAUUUAUUAGAAAAUGGUACAAUUUUCAAAGGAUCAAGUGUUGAAGAUAAAUCUGUUGAUGUCUCUCAAUCAACAGUUAGAUUUAAAGAUGUACAAGGUUGUGAUGAAGCUAGAGCAGAAUUGGAAGAAAUUGUUGAUUUUUUGAAAGAUCCAUCAAAAUUCACUGGAUUAGGAGGUAAAUUACCAAAAGGUGUUUUAUUAACAGGUCCACCAGGUACUGGUAAAACCUUAUUAGCAAGAGCAACAGCUGGUGAAGCAGGUGUACCAUUUUUUUUCAUGUCAGGAUCAGAAUUUGAUGAAUUAUAUGUUGGAGUUGGUGCAAAAAGAAUUCGUGAAUUAUUUAAUCAAGCAAGAGAAAAAUCACCAGCUAUUAUUUUCAUUGAUGAAUUGGAUGCUAUUGGAGGUAAAAGAAAUCCAAAAGAUCAAGCAUAUGCUAAGCAAACAUUAAAUCAGUUGUUAGUUGAAUUGGAUGGAUUUUCUCAAAGUUCAGGAAUUAUAAUAAUUGGUGCAACAAAUUUUCCAGAAAGUUUAGAUAAAGCAUUGACUAGACCAGGUAGAUUUGAUAAAGAAGUUGUAGUUGAUUUACCAGAUGUUAGAGGUAGAAUUGAUAUUUUAAAACAUCAUAUGGAAAAUGUUGAAACAGCAGAUAAUGUUGAUCCAUCAAUUAUUGCAAGAGGUACACCAGGAUUAUCAGGAGCAGAAUUACUGAAUUUAGUUAAUCAAGCAGCAGUGCAUGCAUCACAAUUAUCAGCCCCAGCAGUUGAUAUGUCACAUUUUGAAUGGGCAAAGGAUAAAAUUUUAAUGGGAGCUGCUAAAAAAAAAAUGGUUAUAACUGAAGAAAGUAGAUUUAACACAGCAUACCAUGAAGCAGGACAUGCCAUAAUGGCUAUGUUUUCAAAAGGUGCAACACCAUUAUAUAAAGCAACAAUUUUACCAAGAGGUAGAGCUUUAGGUAUAACUUUUCAAUUACCAGAAAUGGAUAAAGUUGAUAUGAGUAAACAAGAAUGUUUUGCAAGAUUAGAUGUUUGUAUGGGAGGUAAAAUUGCUGAAGAAAUGAUUAAUGGUAAAGAAAAUGUUACUAGUGGAUGUUCAUCAGAUUUAGCAAAUGCAACAAGUGUAGCAAGAGCAAUGGUUACAUCAUAUGGUAUGUCAGAUAAAAUUGGUCCAAUUAGAUUAAGUGAUGAUUGGGAAAGUUGGUCACAAGAUUUAAGAAAUUUAGCAGAUUCUGAAACAAGAGAUUAUUUAAUUAAAAGUGAAGAAAGAACAAGAAAAUUAUUAAAUGAAAAAAAAUUAGAAUUAAAAAGAUUAGCUGAAGGUUUAUUAGAAUAUGAAACAUUAACAAAAGAUGAAAUGUUUAAAAUUAUAAAUGGAGAAAAGAUAACUAAAGAAAAAAUGGUCUCUAAUACAGUUAUUAAAAAAUCUAAAACUAAUGAAAUUAAUGAUAUUUUAAAUAAUCCCAUACCAACAGCAUAA